CUACAAUCGUGAGGAAUGGGCCAGCAGGGGUAGGAAGAAAGCGCGGGAAAAUCCAGCGGCGGCGAGGCUAGGAGAGAUGAGUUCUUCCACGACGUCCGGCCGCGGCGACGACGCGCCGGACCUCGUCUGCGUGCUGGACUGCGUCCAGGGCAUGGUUGACGCCCUCUCCUGCGUCCGCUGGAAGCGCCACCAGGACGCGGUGGUGGAGCUGUCGGAGCACGGCGUCGUGGUCAUCGUGGAGGAGAGCGGCUGCCUCCAGGCCAAGGUCUACCUCAAGAGUGAGCUGUUUGUGGAGUAUGACUACGCGGCGGACGGGCGGCCACGGUUCGGCCUCAGCCUGGGGCUCCUUGUCGAUUGCCUCAACAUGUUCUCUGUCCCAGGGUGCGCUUCCUCUGUCGAGAUCCGGUAUCCUGGCCCUGACAUGCAGCUUCUCCUCAAGUCAGUGGACUCCCAAGAUGCAUGUAUGCACGCAGAAAUCAGAACCAGAAUUCCUGAUACUGUCUCGUGGGACUACCAUUUUGAGCAUGCAGGGGAUACUCCAGUCACUUUUACUGUCAGGUCUGCCAUCCUAAAAGAAUCAGUUGAUGACCUUGAGUGGCCAGGCUCAAGCAUUCAGAUUCAAUUUCAGCCAAACCCUCCUUCCGUAAUAUUCAAAGGCGAAGGGCAUGGUGACUUGGAGAUUGAAUUCUCCUACUACGCAAAUCCUGAUCUUCUAAUUGCAUUCCAGUGUGACCAUGAAGUAUCGUACAGGUAUAAGUACAAGUUUCUUCGUGCCACUACCUCAAAUGUUCCAAGUAGUGUCUUGAAGGAAAAUCGUGGGAGUAAGGUGACGAUUGGAAGGGGAGGGAUGCUCAAAAUCCAGCAUCUGGUUUCAGUUGCUAGACAAGGUAUACAAUCCUACCAUAAUGUUUCUAGAGGGGCUCAACAGCCAAGCCGGAUUGCUUUUAUUGAAUUCUUUGUGAAGCCAGAAGUGGACGAUUAAAAUGACCCCUAGUACUUGUGGUAUAGGUUAUGUUGUUGGGCCUGUGUCAUCUUUGCAUCAGGUCUGGCUUUGUCUGAACAGAUAAUUACUAGUCUCAGAUCUGUGGAUCUUUCUUGUAUGGGGAUUAAUUGCUAUUUAUGAACCUGAAGUAAGCUCAUGGUAUUCUUUUUGUA